GGCUAUAGGACAACUCGUGCUUUUGCUGCAUCUGAGAACUAGUGUCUCUGAUCUGUGACUGUUGCAGAGAUGGGGGCUCUGAUUUUAAUAACAGGGAUAUGUUUCCUUGUGGUGGACUGCACCCAUCUUCAUACACAUUUGCAGCGGCUUCCCAAGCUUGGGGAUGUCUAUCAUAUCACAGGGAUUCUCAAACUGCCUUAUGCAGAAAUAGAAGAACCUUUUGAAGCCUGGUUCAAUGAAACUGGAGGGAAAAGCCGGAUCCAGUAUUAUCACGGCCAAGUAAUCACUUACCAGUUUAGUUUCAUGAAGCCUUUUGGAGCCAACUUCAAGAUAACACCAGAGACCACAGAAACCAAGGUCAACAUCAGGGAGUGCUUCCGGGUCAAUGGAACAUCAGAAAAACCCAUUAAACCUCAGAGUGUCUUUCCAAACUUGACUGAUUUCCAGCCUGUAGGCUUUGAAUACUACAAUGGACAGUAUUGCACAGUUCUGGAGCGUACAUCGUAUUGGGGAAAGAAGAAGAACACGUAUAAAUUGUGGAUGGCUGAUGCUGUGCCUGUGCAUUAUGAGAUGUGGGGGUACAAUACCCUGCUUGGCUCCCACUAUGACAAAUAUGAAAUAGACUACACCAGCUUUUCCCACAGCUUCCCAACCAACGUCUUUGAUCUACCUCAGGAUCUAAUGUGUUCACAUUGGCCUGGAGCAGGACCACAGAACUCAAUCUUGGCCAAUCCCAUGCAGGAAUUUGUUGGGGGAGCUGGCGAUGUGAGCAGAGACCACGAGCAUUUGUUCCAUCGCUACAAAAAGAAGUUCCGAAAGACAUACACAAGUGACAAGGAGAUGGAGCACAGGAAACACACUUUCAUCCACAACAUGAGAUAUAUCCAUUCCAAGAACCGAGCCAAUCUCCCUUACAAGCUGGAUAAUGGCUACUGUCACUACAAUCAAUCUGAGCUGAUGGCAGCACUCUCUGGCUAUAUCAACGUGCCCUCUGAGAACAUCACUGCCCUGAAGGCUGCUCUGUACAAGCAUGGCCCAGUGACUGUGAACAUUGAUGCCUCCCAUAAAUCCUUUGCUUUCUACUCCAGUGGCAUCUACUACGAACCAAACUGUGGAAACAAGACCAUGGAACUAGACCAUGCAGUCCUAGUGGUAGGAUAUGGAGAGCUCCAGGGAGAAAACUACUGGCUCAUCAAGAACUCUUGGUCAACAUAUUGGGGAAAUGAUGGCUACAUCCUCAUGUCCAUGAAGGAGAACAACUGUGGAGUGGCUACUAUUCCGACCUAUCCAGUACUUGCUUAAUAGUCAGGAAGAGACUAUCAGUCAAUGCACAAUAAGCCUUCUAUGGUCGAGACUUCUCCUGAACUGCAAUUUGCUGAAGCAUCUUGUUUAGGAAUCAGUGACUUGAACACAUCUUAGAACACUUAUUGCUUUUAGGUACAAUUCCAAGAAUCCCCUUGGCAGCAGGGCCACUGGCUGUGUUGCCUGGGGGAUUCUGGAAGAUGUAAUCCAAAAAAUUAUUUUUUCCCCCUAAACUUUCUGUUCCUGGUUUUUAGAAAUAUUGAUGUCACACACAUCACAAGAUCACAAAGGGGGGAAGUCUUAGAAAUGAAGUCUGAUGAUGAAGGAUUUUUUCCUCAACAAAAGCUUUUGAAAUAAUAAAUUUGCAAGUUUUUA